UAUUUUUUUAUUCCCUAAAUAUACCCUUCACAAACAUUACUGAAAUUACAUUAACCCAAAGAUUGUCUCAAAAGUACAAGGGUUUUGAAUACUGUACAUAUGCCCCUAAACACAAACAUUAUCUUGUUUUCUUUUUUCUCCCCGUUAGUUAUUAAGAAACGGAUGCUUUCUAACACAUGGUGGCAGUAUGUUCCAAAAAUUAUAUAAAAUAAAUAUGUGGUACAUAUGUUAUCGAAUGUGCGUAGAGUAAAUGCAUUUAAUUGGUUUAAUAAUAUGUAAUAUAGUUUAAAUAUGCUUCUAAAAAACUAUUAGUCUACAGUUUAUAGUCCUUAGCAUCAUGAUUUUAGACAAUAGUGUGUGUUAUGUUUGCAAGCUUUUGCUUGUCACCUAUACUGUAGACUAACCGCAUUAUUUGUAAUAAGGCCAAAAUAAUCGUCAAACUCAUACAUAGCAUCUAAUUUUUGGUUGGAACAAUCUAAGUAACAUUUAUUACGUUAGUUCCCCACCUUUUCCAUUCUGCUACAACACAGGAUGAUUUGAUGUGUGAUACAUUUCAGUUCCCGUGGAUGUUGAUGGCUACUUUUUGGUCUCUGAUUCAGAAUGAGUCAUUGCUAGGAAGGAAAGGAAAAGUUUAUAGAGAUUCUAGCACUUUUGAACGGAAAAAAUAUAAAUAAAUAAAAGACAAAGAAGGCCCGACCCAAGGAGAUCUAUAACAUUUUAAAGAAGUUUCCAGCUACAGCAUUGAUUUUAUCCAGAAACCAAAUAAGCCAAAUGUGCUCAUGAAUGUAAAAAGUGCUUUUCCCCCCCAUUGAAAGGCUUCACUCAAAGUCAUUUGAAACGUGACGCGAAGGCAGUCGAUAAUGAUAUCCGCAACAAACGUCAUAAUGAGCGUCAACACCGCUUUUGACCCUCGCUGUGAGUUUGAAAUCUUCAAGCUAACCCCCCUCUCGAUCUCUAUUGGAAAUGGAGGGCUAUAUUUGGAGGAGUGCGAUGAUGUCACAAGUGGUUGAGGAUAGGAGCCUAUAACAGAGAGGAUGGAGCGAGUGUGUGAGUGUUUGUGUGAAAAACAGAGACAACGCCGGCACCUUCAGGAGCUGCUGUCCACCGCUGGAAGAACAAAUACAAGUAUUUCUGUCUGCCAUGCAUCAUCUGAAGCUGCCCUCCCAGAUCCUGAUCUUCCUUGUGAUGCUGCAAUGUGUUGCCACAGUCCCUUACAACAGGCAAGUCUUUUCACUCAAUGUAAAAAGUACAAUUUUCCUUGUUAGUUUUUAUUUUUAUUAUUACUAUCGCUGAUCUAUUUUAGGAUUCUCCUAAUCUGUUUCUUAAAACUAAGAAUUCCUAAUUAGCAUAACCUAAUGUAGUUAGGUUGAUUUUGACGAAUUAAAUAAUAUUUUUUUAUUUAGAAUUAGUUCAUUCAAAGGUUAACACUUUAUAGAAUUCAAAUAUUAAAUAUGAACUCUGUGAUUGUAGAUUUCAGGUUCACUGAAAACAAUGGUAAUUUAUAAACUGUAACAUUUAACUUAACUGUUUUCAUUAAAGUCAAAAUAUGAUUUAAUAUAACUGAUUUAAUCAAACACAUUUUCAUUCCAAUUUUUAGACAUUUAGACUAUUUAGGCAUAAAAAUGGGAAGAAAAAAAAUCAUAAUUUGAACAUUCUACCAUGAUUUUAAGCUUAUGCCUUAAGAACAUGAUAAUGCAUAAUUAUUGCUGCGUGCAUUCGUGUCAAUAUGUCUCAUUAAAACAUAAAACAUUUCUUUCUUUAUUAUAUUCAGUAAGUGGAUCUAAACCUUUUAUCAAUGUUGUCCAAAUCCUAAAAUGGAAAUGCAUUUUUGCCUUUUUUUAUUAACUUUUUUGAUCCACUGUGUAUAUUUUUUAUGUUUUUUUUAUUUUUUAUUAUUGACCCCAUAAGCCAAAAAUGUAAUACCGGCACAUCCAUAAUUCAUAUUCAAUUUUAUUUGCGAUCUAGAUGAACUAUAAUCUAUAUAAUACUAAGUAAUCCACAUACUUCCAUUUUGUUUGAAAGAAUUCACUAUAAUUAUGGAUCAUAUGAAAGUGUCAAGUACAGUAAAUACAAUAAAAAGUCCAAUUUAAAACUACCACUGACUUUUUUUUGGUAUAAUUUAACGUAUUCGGAUUAAGUUAGCCAAAUAAAAGUGUAAGUUUAAAGUUAACACGUCAAAUAACGGUUUCAGCUCACCUAACAAAAAAGGUUCACGUGAGGCAGUGUCCUUGUAACAAGAUGUAACAAGUGUGUAGAAGUGCGUGUAAGUGAUAUGACCAGCGGGCGCACAUGAUCCACUUCAGAAUAUCAUCACAGUCAGGGAAAGUGGCACUUCCCAAGCAGCUCUGGAUGAAAUGGUGCUUCGCGGCCUCUUUCGUCGACAGGUACUCCCUUUUCUCCAACGAAAAGCCGGAUGACUCGCAAGAGGUCGCCGGAUGGCUGGUUACAGAUCUAUCUGACAAUCCGUCUGCGAGUUUUACGAGGCCACGGCCUCCAAGGGGCCUCACCGCAGUCGACAGCCAUCACAUGGAAAAGCGGAAGUGCAACACAGCCACCUGCGUGACUCAGAGAUUAGCAGACUUUCUCAUCCGAUCCAGCAACACCAUCGGCACCGUCUACGCGCCAACCAACGUAGGAGCCAACACUUACGGGAAGAGAGACUUGCUGCGGUCGCCCAUCUAUCCGCCCCUAUAGUUCAAAUGCAAACGCAGCUGAAAAUACAGUCAAAUAAAUGUAAUAUGUAUAAUAAUAAAGGAUAUUAUUCUGUUCGUUUAUUUUAUCAUUAUUAUCUAUUAUCGUUAUUAUUGUUGUUUUUUUUUCCCAGAGUAUAAAAGAGCCAGUGCCUUUUGGUGUAAACAACUGUUUGCAGCAUUUUCAGUAUUGGAUAAAUCUUGCAUGUCAAUAAGGACAUAUAGUGUUUCGCAGCAUGUUAUGACGAUGGCAUACGAAUAAAAAUGUGUUAUAAAAAUGACGGGAACAGCAAAGACGAAUUUACGCUUUGUUUUCGAUUUUUUUUGUUUCCUAAUAAAAGAAAGAAAAAUAUGUUUCUCUCUGCUCGGUGUUAUUAUAAUGUUAUUAUAGUGUUAUUAUAAUGUUAUUAUAGUGUUAUUAUAAUUAUAAACCCAUUGGAGAUUUUACGUGGAAAGAAUUGCAACGAGAACAAGAAAAUAGAUGAUAUAUAACCCUCGACAGAAAGUAUGCCGACCGUACGACCCGCCUGGCGCCGUCCUCGCUGUGUGUUUUUUUGAUGAACACGAAUAAGUUAAUGCACACCAGCAUCAAGUGGUCGCAUACAUCGAUUACAGCCAUGAAAACAUAGCAUAGUUAAUUAUAGGCCUCUCUG